GCUCGUUGUGCCAUGAAGGAGAAAAGUAAGAAUGCUGCCCGUUCGCGUCGUAACAAAGAAAAUGUGGAGUUUUUGGAGCUCGCGAAGCUGUUACCAUUGCCCAGUGCCAUCACGUCUCAGCUGGAUAAAGCGUCAAUUAUACGGCUCACCACGUCGUACCUGAAAAUGCGACAAAUCUUUCCCGAAGGGCUGGGAACUGCAUGGGGAUCCGAGCGCAACCAUCAUCCAAAUACAACGCGAGACACCAGCAUUAAGGAGCUUGGCUCACAUUUGCUUCAGACGUUGGAUGGUUUCAUCUUUGUGGUUGCACCAGAUGGAAAGAUCACAUACAUCUCGGAGACGGCAUCAGUACAUCUCGGGCUUAGCCAGGUGGAGCUCACUGGGAACUCGAUCUAUGAGUACAUCCAUGCGUACGAUCAGGAAGAAAUGGCGACCAUCUUAGCGUUACAGCAACAUCUCAACCAUCAUCCGUUGGGUUUGUCAACAGCACUCCUGUGUAACCAUCACCAACCGAAUCAUCGACACAGCUUCAGUCAGCAGCAGCGAUCGUAUGUCAUCGAAAUGGAACGCACCUUCUUUCUCCGGAUGCGUUGCGUGCUUGCUAAACGUAAUGCAGGACUCACUUGUUCCGGCUAUAAGGUUAUCCACUGUUCCGGCUAUUUAAAAGCACGUGUCUUUCCUCACGAAUCACCCAAUACCCCAGGACAUUGUUGCAUUCAAAAUCUCGGUCUUGUUGCCGUUGGGCACUCGCUGUCUCCUUCUGCUGCUACCGAAAUCAAACUACAUCGAAACAUGUUCAUGUUCCGAUCGAGCUUAGAUCUGAAGUUGAUCUUUCUUGAUGCAAAAGUGUCACAACUCACUGGAUAUGAGCCGCAAGACCUGAUUGAAAAUACUCUUUACGCGUACAUCCAUGCGGCGGACGUGGCCCAUAUAAGGCAGGCCCAUCAGACGCUUUUACAAAAAGGCCAAACGAUAACAAAAUACUAUCGAUUUCUGACCAAGGGAGGAGGAUGGCGAUGGGUUCAAUCAUAUGCCACGAUCGUACAUAAUACACGGUCCUCUCGACCACACUGCGUCGUUAGUGUCAACUACGUUCUUAGUGAUUUUGAGGUGCAAAAUCUUCGACUGGACGAUAAUCAGGAAUUAAAAUCGACGAUAAGGCCUCAUAUUGAGCUGGUUAAUCUAUCCUCAACCUCACUGUUCAAUGCCACAACUACUCAUGAUCAUCCAGUAUUAUCGCAAGAAAAUGGGACUGAAAAAAGACAACAUAUAUCUCAGCACUUAUCAAACCACAACGAACCUGUACGAACGACACAGCAGCCGGAACCAUUCGCAACCGGUAUUGAAACCAGCAAAGAAAUUGACCACUUUCUUCAAUUCCAUCAUACUCUCGAUUCGAACGAGAGCAUGAUCGGUGAGCUGAACGGCAGUGGAAAUGAAGAUUCCUUCCUUCCGAACGAUCUCUGUUACGAUCAGUCAUCUCACUUCACAUCCCAAACACAGCUAAGCUACCCAUUCGACGAUGCACAGUCCUUUCCGGCAUCGAGCGACUUUCUGGAUCCAUUUUACGAGCAACUCUACUCGACCUACGAUACGCAUCCACCCGAUCGAGAGUUGAUUCUUCGCUCGUGUUCCGUCAGUACGAGCGGGUCAGAUACAACGUAG